UCUUUGUAUAAUACUUAUGCAGAUUUUCGAGCAGAAGUAAACUGCUUAGUUAGAUUUGACUGAAAAGAAUAUGGAUGAACUUUUUUGAAAGAACCCGUAAUCUCCACCGAGUAGAUUUAGCGGCAAUUUUGUCAACCUAUCAGCAACAAAGUCAAGCUGUUACCCGAAAUACCGGAGCCUACAUCCGCGCCGCCGGUCUUGGCUCCCGAUGACCGGGAGAGCAAGCGACGGCUCACAAUCUUCCCGGGGAGGAUGGCCCAGGCCAAGCCUGACAGCGGCAUCCGGGAGACGCUAGAAGACAGGGAUCCUAAUCGACUCAACCAGCAUAUACAGAUAGUAUGGGACGACGUAGUGGGUGAGCCUGAAGGUGCCCGGAGUCCAGAAUGCGCGUGGCGACUCAGCCACCUGUGCUUCAAGCACACCCGGAACAUAUGCUACACCCUGCUGGCCGUGGUGGCCGCUCCACCCUGCGCCGUGCUGCUGGGCUGCGGGUUCGCCUGCCUAGCAUUUGAGCAAAUCUGGUGCUCAACACCAUGUCUGCGGUGCCUGAAGAUCUACUGGGCAUCGCUGAGGACCUUCGUGCAGUCGUGCAUGGCCGCCACAGUCGCGCCCACCAUGGAAGCCGUCGGCCAUGUUUGUCGUCACGUCCGCGUCAACAUGCGACGCGACGCGCCUGAUGAACGCGAUCUAUUGAUAGUCUAGAAAGUUCUAGAAGAAUAGAGAACAGAUUAUUUAUUACUGUCAUCCCCAGCUGAUGGCCGCGCCUUCGUCAGUGUGGAAAGAUUUUAAAAAUCCCGUGGAAACCCCUUUAUUUUCCGGGUAUAUAAUAGUAAAGUAAUUUAUAUCCGUCCUCGAGAUGUAAACUUACUCUGUACCUUUCAUCAAAAUCGGUUGAACAUCAUGAACAGUGAAACGCUAGCAAACAAACAAACAGACAGGCAGACACACUCGUAUUUAUAAUAUUAGUGUGGACUGGAUUUUUGAUGUAAAACUUCCUUCGGCGUGACUUGAGAGUACACAGUUCUUUUUCAAACGGGAGUAACAUUCGCGUUCAUAAACUAUGUAACUUCAGUUUCAUAUUUAAAAUGUCAAACGGAAUAAUUGUUUUGAAGCCGCCAUCGUUUAUCGAGGUAUUUAAAAUGUAGAUAUACUUACAAUAAAUUUAAUGCCACAGAUUAAAAGCUCUAAUUUUUAACCUUUUGCCGCCUCAUUUUCAAAAAUGGAA